CCACCUGUCACUGGCACAGCUCCUAGUGUGCAGAGAAAACACCCUGGUAGCGCCAUGAAGAAAACGGUCGUGAGAAAGCAGGACAACGUGCCACUGCUGCCCAGUACGCCCACCCUCCGUGGGGAUGACAGCUUCCCACGCAACUCCUCAGUGACCUCGCAGACGGCCACUGGUGCCAAGCGCCGAGAGGAGCCACUGCGUGGGCAUGGGCAGAAGGACAGAGCCUUUUCAAACCCACAGCAGUCCUUGCAGGAGGCACUCUCCAUGCUCGGCAGCGAUGACUGGGAACAGAAGAAGAAGGGACUCUUAAACAUCACACACCUGGCUGAGUCCCAUUCCGAAGUCCUGCUUUGUCGACUUCGUGAGAUUUGCUUGGCAGUUACCAGCGAGGUGACCAACCUGAGGUCCAAGGUGUCGUGCUCUGCAAUUGUCACUCUGGGAGAUCUCUUUGCCAUCUUGAGGAAGGACAUGGACUCCGAGGCGGAUGAGGUUGCUGCGGUCCUUCUCCACAUGGUGUGGAACUCCCCAGAGUUUAUUCAGAAGGCAGCCUGUCAGAGCCUGGGGAUGAUGGUCGAGAACGUGACUCCUGCACGAGCAAUGACUGUUCUCAUGGACAGGGGAGUCAAGAGCCGCUACGUGCAGGUGCGGAAGUGUGCGGCCGAACUGCUCCUGUCCUUGAUGGAGAAAAUGGGAGUCACGAAGCUCGCAGGCACACCCAAGGCUGAGAGGCUGGCAGAGGUGGCAGGGACGCUUGCUCAGGACUGUCACAAGGACACAAGGCAUUAUGGACAGGAGAUGGUGAAGAUGUUACUGACCCAUCAAAAAUUUAAAAAGCUUCUGGAACAAGCUCUUUCCACACAUGACCUGGAAGAUAUCCUGAGAAGAAUUAAGAAGAAAGGGAUGGAAAGCCAGAAGGGUGAAUGCCCACCUGUCAAGGAGCCGGUGGAGGAGAGGAACGAUGGCCCGAAGGAGCCCCAGGACACAUUGCCUUCAAGCAAACGGGUGAAGUCUGCCACUGUUGGACGCCUCCUACGCCGCCCAAAAGCCCAGGUCACAUCACCUGCAGCUGUGAAAGGAAGGGAGGAGCUCCAGAAGCUUUACCAUCUCCUGGAAGCCAAGGGGUUUCAGACACGGAUGGAAGGAGUGGCACUCCUCCUAGACCUGUGCAAAAGCAGCCCCCAGCUGAUCUCCGCCAACAUUGUCCAAAUUUUUGAUCAUUUUGUCCUGAGAAUAUCUGACACUCAUAAGAAAGUGAAGCAGAAGGCGCUGGACGUGCUGGCAGAAAUCAUAGGACUCCUGGCAGAUGCCCUGAACCCGGUGAUGAUCCGUUUGGUUGAAGGGAUAACAAAGAACCUAAACUCCAAGGAUCCCGGGGUUCAUGCCGCAGCUGUGAAGGCACUGGACCAAUCUGUGGUUCAUCUAGAUGAAGUAUCACUGAUGAAAGAGCUCAGCCACCAAUGGAGCCAACUGAGUGGCCAAGCUCUGCUGGAUGUCACAGAGCGGAUCACAGUGCUUGUGGAAUGGGUUUAUGCCAGGAGCCCUGAAGUGGUCCAGCGCUACGCCCUGCCCGUGCUCUGGUCCUGCCUGGAGAACAAGGCGCUGCCUGUCCGAAGCGCCAACGUCUGCGCUGUGGUCACCAAGCUUGCCUGCGCCCUCUGCGAGGCGAUGGGCGCCCAGAUAAUUACUUGUGCUGCCAGCAAGCCUCCACACGUGCAGGACAACCUCUCCAGCCUUUUGGGCUGGUGAAAGCAUCGUGUUCUCCAGAAAGCGGACCAAGUUCUGAGUUGGACACCUCUGGACGUGACAUUUUAGCUGUGCCAAAAAUGACAAUAUACAAAGGAAGGGUGUGCAUCUGCCCCUGCUCUCAUGAUCA